AUGAGUCAGAUUUGUAAAACUGUCAUUAUUGGAGAUUCUGGAGUAGGUAAAACUUGUAUCAUUCAAAGAUUUACAAAAGGAACUUUCAAUGAAGAACAAGCUGCAACAGUUGGAGCAUCAUUUGUUGAUUGUGCAUUUAAAUUACCUAAUAAUGAAAGUUAUAAAUUACGUAUUUGGGAUACUUGUGGACAAGAAAGUUUUCAAAGUAUUAUUCCUAUGUAUUUUAGAAAUGCGUCAUGUAUUAUUCUUGUGUUUGAUGUUAGUAAUUUUCAAUCAUUUAAAGGUAUUAAAAGUUGGUUAUCUAUUGCAUUGUCAAGUGCACCAGAAUCAACUCCUGUAGUUGUUCUUGGAUCAAAAAGUGAUUUACCUUCUGUUGUUCCUGAAUCAACAAUAAAUGAUUUUGUACGUCAAAGAAAUUAUUUAUAUUUCCCUGUCUCUUCUAAAAAUAAUACUGGAAUUAAAGAAGCCUUCGAUAAAAUUUCUACUCUUGCUUUUGAAAAACAAUCUUCUUUGACUAAAGAACAAGAAAUUAGAAUUAAUGAUGAAGUUAAACAAUCUGAUAAAAAAUGUUGUUAA